ACGGGCGCCUUCGGCCGACGGCGGUCACUGUGGCUGCUCGACGUUGCGCCAGGCUGCCUUCCCCGCGAUACACACACCCCGCAAGUAGAUCCCUCGGAGCGGAGAUUCGCGCUUCUGUGAACGCGAGCGUCCGCGAACUUCGAACUUCGUCGCUGAUGUGGCUCGCGAGAACGUACCACGACGCCAACGGGGAUGCAUCUCCGGCCCGCGUAAUCAUGCAUAGAUGGCGUGCGUCGGGCGCAGGGCAUUUGGCGUACGAGUCAAGACGACAUAGACGCCGCGCUACGGUCGGUGGGGAAGAGAGUAAACCUGUAGCACUCUUUGACGUCUCUUCUGUGCAUACUCUCUCCGCGCGGCAUGCUACCCUACACAACUCCCGAUGGCGAAACUACAUGCGCAGGCAGCGCUGCCCGGGACCGCUCUGUCGUUCGCGGCCUCGUACGCCUUCCCCCGCUGUCGUCCCAUCGUCUCCGUAUGCCCUCGAGAUGACGCGUCCUCACGGUGCCUGUGCGAGCAGGCCGGCGUUGCUGGUUGCGGAGCCCCCCAGCUCGGAUGAUGUCUUGGAUCGGACCCCCGCAUAACUCGCGGCCUUGGACGCGCCAUAUACGACCAUCGGCAGCUCAUGGCCGAUGGUGAGGGCGACACUGGCCGUUGGUCUGCACGAGUGGCGCGUGCGUAGCAUGGUCUUGAACGAAAUGUCCCGGGAGAACUCGACACGGUGCUCGGACCUCGAGCGGUUCUUCCCUACGCGCAAUGCACCGGGAUGGAGACC